AGGAGCCUGUAAUUGCUCAGGACACGGCGGUGGGGGCUGGGCCGAGGUGAGCGCCGUAUAAAUAGUGUGAUCUCCAAAAACACAGACACACCAACCGGAGUGAUCUAAACCUCCUCCUCCUCCUCGUACACCCCCCUUUCCAACAUCCGCGCGUUUACGAUCGAGCUCACACACAUACACACACAUAGACAUACACACAUACACAGCGAGCGAGAGAGAGAGUCAGCGAGAGAGAGCAGCGCGUUAGGGUCGUAAAGUGGAUUUGUGCCAUCAGGAGCGCUUCUUCUCCAACCAUGGAAGAACUCACGGCGUUCGUGUCGAAAUCCUUCGACCAGAAGAGCAAGGAGAGCAGCAAAGAGAGCAUCACGUACAGGGAAGUUUUGGAGAGCGGCUUGGCGCGGGCCAGGGAGCUGGGAAACUCGGAUGGCAGCCUGCAGGACAUUACUGACAGCAAUACGCACUGUCCCGUGCAUCUAUUCAAGGAACACGUGGAGCUGGACAAGGACAAGCUGAAGGAGUUUAACGUAGCCAGGGCGAGUGACGGGAUUUAUGAGUGCAAAGAAAAGAAGGAAGAGGUGAAGUCGGAGGACGAGGACGCCCAGGGUAAACUGAAACAGAGACGUAGCAGGACAAAUUUUACCUUAGAGCAGCUGAAUGAACUGGAGCGCUUGUUUGAUGAGACGCAUUACCCAGACGCGUUCAUGCGAGAAGAGCUAAGCCAAAGACUGGGACUGUCCGAGGCCAGGGUUCAGGUCUGGUUUCAGAACAGAAGAGCAAAAUGCCGAAAACAAGAAAAUCAGAUGCACAAAGGUGUGAUUUUGGGCUCCGCCAGUCACUUGGACGCAUGCAGAGUCGCUCCCUACGUUAACAUGGGCGCCUUGAGAAUGCCAUUUCAACAGGUCCAAGCACAGCUGCAGUUGGAGGGGGUGACCCACUCGCAUCCUCACCUGCACCCCCACCUGGCAGCACAUGCUCCCUACCUGAUGUUCCCUCCUCCACCAUUUGGACUACCAAUCGCCUCGCUGGCAGACUCAGCCUCGGCAGCGGCCGCUGUAGCGGCGGCUGCCAAGAGCAACAGCAAGAACUCCAGCAUCGCUGACCUGCGACUCAAGGCAAGAAAACACACGGAGGCGCUUGGACUCUGACCCCCAUGGGCGUCUCUACUGCUCUGAACUGAUAAUUGUUUCUCACACAAGACUGCGCCUGUGAAAAAGGCCAUGACAUUCACAGUUAAAACAAAAACAAAAUAAAAACUAAAGAGAGAGAAAAUGUACUGAGAAAAGAAAGUGAGAGUGAGAGAGAGCAUGGGGGAGCUUGGGGGUAAAGAGAACGUGAAAAAAAAUGUCACAAAAACCAGCUGCCAAAACACACCACUUGUAGAAAAAGGUAAUUAAAUACCAAUGAAGUCACCUUUUACUUUUCGCCCAACAGGCAGGACUGCUUGGAGGCCACUGGCUCAGCCCUUUCCAGACCCAGAUCACAGCCCCAGGACCAUACAAAAAUAUCUGGAUGUCUGUCUGAAACCCAGCGAUUAAGAGUGGCGACUCUUAGAAAAUGAGCAAAGCAAAAGGCAGACUCAGAGUGACUGAGGGAAGAUAGAGCUUGGUCAGUACUCUCAGAAUGAGAGACUCAAAACUCAAAAGUUUGGAUUGUCAGCCGUACUGAAAGAAAAAAAAAGCAACGGCCAUAUUUGUCUCCACCCACUGUGUUUGUGCUGCUGCCAAGAGCAUGUGUUAAAAUGAAGGAUAGCUCUAAUGGGGAGGGCCUCCAUUGUAACUGACAUUCACCCUGCUAUGACAACCUUCCAUCAUAGUACCACAUACCUAGUUUAUAUAUAGUUUUUUAUUUUUUAAACCCACAAUGGACAGAGAUGGGAAGCAGCACUCACACCAAGAGUACAAUCAUGAAAAUUGAAUUUCUCUUGCUUAUUCUUAAAGUUUUUGAAGAAACACUAUACAUAGUGGAAUAUAAAUCCUGUAUAUUUCCUCUGGGCAUGGGUAUGAAGGACUUUUAACUUUCAUAGCUUUCAUUUUCCAUCAUUUUGGCUCUCUCUUUUCUUUUUUGCAAUGUGUAUUUGGAAUAGAAGUGAAACUAGCUUUUGCACUUCAGGUCUUGUAUCAAGGUGUUUACAAUCCUUAUGGCAAGAAAAUACUACUUCUAUAUGAGGGUGAAAUUGGGGUAACGUCAAAAUAUAUUAAAAUGACAAAAAUAAUAAUAGGGUCACUGCAAUUUUCUAAUUUGAAAUGCAAUUAUGUGCAGAUAAGUGCAAUACUGUAAAUAUAUAAAAAAAAAAAAACAAAUAGCAGUUGAUGUUUGGUAAUCAACAAACAACAAUUUCUUUUGGCACUGAUAUUGAUGUAUUCCUAGUUGUUUUUCACAGACACAUUUUUUUUCCCAGGCUGUGUAAAUGAUAAGUUGCUAAGUCAUUUGCACUUGUGUGCCAUAACUCCCCAUGUGUGAUGGUACUCAAACAUAGUUUUGCAUAUGUACAUUGUUAAUCUUGACAUACAUUGAGGUAGACCAGGCAAAAAAAUAAAACAUGAUUAUUUACAAAUAUACAGCAAUUUAGCACCGUAGGCUUUUCUGGCUAAAAAUUGCCCACCAAAGACUAUCCUUCAAUAAUAGUACUUAGAGCAAAUUAAUGAAUUGAUUUACAUUUACAGAAGCAUUUACAAAAGUAAUUUUUUAAACACUUUCAAAUAGUGUAUCAUAUUUUUAGCACAUGGACACAAAUGCCAGUCAUGAACUUUUGUCAGUCAUCAAAGGAACUAAAUAUAAUACUAUGAGGAAAAAGUCAGUUUUGUUUGCAAGCCCACUGUAUGUAAAGAUUUCUAUUUGUUUCGAUAUAAACUGCCUUUGAGCUAGUAGAUCCUAGUUAGGUCUACCUCUGACAAUAAAUGAUCCAUUGUGGUACAGUUUUGUUGUUCACUUCAUUAUGGUAUUUAGGAAUGUUUCUGUUUCUUAAAGUGAAGUCAUAGGUUCUUUUUAUUUAUUAUUUUAUCUGAAAGUUUAUAAAUGUUGAAUGGUCUAAUUUCACAUGUACAUUUUUACAUGGCUUUGCAAUUAUUUUUAUAUACUUUUUAAGGCUAACAUUUGCAACCGUUUGAAACAAACAUGUGAUUUGCAAACAUUUGUUUGACUAAAAUGUAGCGUGUCUGAGUUUACAAACAUUUCAGGGACGAUGGAGAACAUGCUCAAACUUUGUGCUGAAAUUUUUUUGAAGCUCCAUGAAAUUUGUUGUAUCCCAUAUAUGACAUUUCAUAUGAAAGCAUGCCCAAACAUGAUUUGCCAUUGGGUUUGUAUUUUCUUUUGUUGUUUCAUAAAAAAUGAAUGUACAUCUUGUACAAGUAAACUAUCAAUAAAAUUAUA